AUGAUACUAGCAUUCCUGGAAAUGGCGGAUGAAAAUUCUGCCGCGACGAUGGUGAAUUACUAUGCAUCGUGUAUGGCUCAGCUGCGUGGCAGGGCAGUUUACGUUCAAUUCAGCAACCAUCGGGAACUCAAAACAGAUCAAACGCACACCAACAACGCGAACUCGAACAACCAAGUUGCGAUUCCUGGACAGAACCAAGUGGCCCAGACGCAAGCGGAGACCCAGGGUGGCCCGAACACCGUUCUCAGAGUCAUCGUCGAGCAGAUGGUUUACCCAAUUUCCUUGGACGUGCUCUAUCAGAUAUUCACACGUUUCGGCAAGGUCCUCAAGAUCGUCACCUUCACGAAGAACAACACUUUCCAGGCACUAAUACAGUACGCGGACAUGCUGUCGGCGCAAACCGCCAAACUCUCGCUGGAAGGUCAGAACAUCUAUAAUUCCUGUUGCACGUUGCGCAUCGACUACAGCAAGAUGCAAAACUUGAACGUGAAGUACAAUAACGACAAAUCGAGGGACUAUACCAACCCUUCUCUGCCAACUGGUGAUGCGAAUUUGGACGCGGCAUCUCUUGCCUUGGGUGGCGAGCUUCUUCCACAGUUGUUAAUGGGCGCCGGGUCUCAGCCUCGUGCAAGAAUACCCGAGUCCAUUGCAGGGGCACCGGGUGUGCUGCCCACGCCCUUUGCGGCCAUGCACGGUCUACCCUCGCCUUUAGCGGGCCCGUACAAUGGGGUCCCACCUGCCGGCGGAUUAGCUGGCUUGGGUGGGUUCCCUCUUGGUGCUGCUGGCCUUGGUGUACGCGUUCCUACUAACGCGCAAACGUCCGCUGUGUUGCUCGUCAGUAAUCUCAACGAAGAGAUGGUCACGCCUGACGCUCUCUUUACCCUGUUUGGCGUUUACGGGGAUGUUCAGCGUGUGAAGAUUCUCUACAACAAGAAGGACUCGGCACUCAUUCAAAUGGCCGAACCACAUCAGGCGCAUUUAGCACUGACGCAUAUGGACAAAUUGCGAGUGUUUGGCAAGCAGAUCAAGGUAAUGCUGAGCAAACAUCAGACAGUUCAGCUACCAAAGGAGGGCCAACCAGACGCUGGAUUGACGAAAGAUUACACCAAUAGUCCCCUUCAUCGAUUCAAGAAACCAGGCUCUAAGAACUAUCAAAAUAUUUAUCCACCGAGCUCCACUCUGCAUUUAUCUAAUAUCCCGACAACCGUGACCGAAGAGGAGAUCAGGGAUGCGUUCACUAAAAAUGGUUUCACCGUGAAGGCAUUCAAGUUCUUCCCAAAGGACAGAAAAAUGGCGCUCAUACAGAUGCCUAGCAUGGAUGAUGCCGUAGCUGCUUUGAUCAAAAUGCACAACUACCAGCUGAGCGAGUCCAACCACUUGAGAGUGUCAUUCUCCAAGAGCAACAUCUAACAAGAGUCACAACCAAGCAACCGGCAGUGGUACCAGCCCUACGCCCUAGUCCCCUUUUGGAUACCCGGCUCAGUGUACGACUGAUGACGAUAACAAGUGACCGACGACGACGUUCCUCGCGGACGAGGGUGCGGUCAGUCGCUGGUCUCUAUUGCCGCGACGCAUUGGCUGGCCAUCCCUCUGGAUCUCAGCUGAAGGAAACGAAGCGUUCCUCCGUAGCGAAGCCGGAUAACAACCACCGAGAAAAAACGCGCACGAGUCCGACGACGACGAUCGUGCGCGGUCCCCGUUUCUAUUUUUCUCGGACAGGCCGUCUUUUCAAGAGCAUUUUCCCCCCAACCAGCAGACACGAUUUUAUUACACACACACACACACAGACACACACACACGCAAAGAGACAGAUACACAAGAAUGACAAAAAAGGAUUAGGGCUGCGACAACAGCGAAAGGGAGGGCCGUGGAAAAUAUUAAGUUGGCUUUCCGCGGGGCUAGAGAGAAAAGAGAAAGUCAGAAAUCGAUCUGUUGCAACGUAAGAGAGAAGAAAAAGAGAGAGGCCAGGAGUGUGUGCUUUUUGCGUGACAGGAGUACGUUAUUCGCGAAGAGAGGAGGGAGAGACUAAGUUUUUAACAAAAGAAAAACAAAAAAAAAAACAAAAAACAAAAAAAACAAAAAAAAGAAGAAACGAAGGGGUUCGGAGAAAGGAAAAAAAAAAGAGAGAGAGACCCCGCCGGGUUCUUGUACAGAGUUAAGAAUAAUUUUUUCGAGCAUUAAGGUAUAUUCUACACACAUACACACACACACACAUAUAUAUAUAUAUAUUUUACAAGGGCGCGCUCUCGCGCGUAACAGGUCCCCGUCGAACAGCCGCACUCCGUGUGGGUUGACAGAGGAGAAUGGGGGGAAAAAAUCGCGCUCAGUACAUAUAUAUAUAUAUAUAUAUAUAAAUAUAUAUAUAAAUAUAUAUAUAUAUAUAUAUAUAUAUAUAUAUUUAUAUUUAUAUAAAUAUUAUAUCACAUCUACUUUUUAACCGUCGCGAGAAAUCUGUCUCGAACGCGCUGAAACAAAACACUACAAAAAAAAAAAAAAUGAUCCGAGAAGAGAAACAAAAGAAACAAAAGAGAAGAAAAGGAGCGAGGAUGAGAGGGAUCGACUUUGAAAGUAGCACGCGUACCAAGCCAGAUUAGUCGUUUUAAGGCUAAUUGUCACGGGACCCUUUGCAGCUUUCGCGAGGUGCUACACUCGCGCCCUCUGCCCCGCACGCCGAUCCAAACGAGCACGCGCGAGUCGAUUUAUUGCCGGAUCGAUUUAGGGGACAGGGGACGAUUUUUUUCUCGAUGUCUCCUCCGCCACGUGUCGCCGUCCUCGUGGCCCAGACACCACCACACUACCCACCAAUUCCCUCUUGUUUUCGUUCUAAUUUUUCUAAAAGAAAGAAAAAAAAAAAAAAAAAAGAAAAGAAGUAUUCAGUAUUCAAAGUAUCCAGGGAGAGAGCGGGCUGACUUGCGACGAGACUGUCUCCACGUGGCGGAGCGGCGCACUGUCGUUGCAGGUGGUAUUUUUAUAAUUUGUAUGUUCGACGAUAUAUAUAUAUAAUAUAUAUAUAUAUACUUAUGUAUAUAUAUAUAUAUAUAUUAUAUAUAUACAUAAUAAGUAUUAAUCAUACACACAUAAACAAAUAUGGACACGUAUACGCAUACACACAGGUGACACGUAAAACAAGAGGACAUACUUAACGCAGAGACAUUCAGACGCAGGUUUUUCUUAGCUGAUAGGUGCUUAGGAUUGCGUAGAUUAUUAAUCGUAACUAAGUAAGGCCGAGGAGAAAACAAAAAAAGAAAAAAAAAAAAAGAGAGAGAAAACCAACAACACGCCGCGUCGUUGGGUAUCAAUUCGACGAUGGGUAGGAUGUAAAAGGACCGUUGAACAUAUCGCUAAUUAGAAGAGGCACGCGCACGCGAGUUUCGCGAGCUGCUAUAUUUUCGCUGGUUCCGGGAUCGCCCCGGAACAGGGGGCGGUUCCGUCGCGCGACGAACCGCGAAUUCUUUCACUCCGUUUAAUGGAAAACAAAAAUAAAUAUAUAUGUAUAAAAACGAAAA